AUGGCCUUCUUCAUGUCCCACUCUGCGUACCACCCACAGGCCUCUUUUACGCCUGUCUUCCGCGUGGUCAACAAUGAGAGAUACCCUCGCUGCGGAGGCGCCUACCACUUCUACCGUCCUGCACCCCGUCCCUGGAACCCCAGAUUCAACGUCAGGGAGACUGAGGAUGCCUAUACCCUCACCGGCGAACUGCCGGGCUUGAACAAGGACCACGUCACUGUCGAAUUCCCCGAGCCGCAGAAGAUUGUGAUCCGCGGCAAAGUCGAGCGUGACCAAGACGCAGCCUCCCAGCCUACUACUCAGGAAGAGCAAGGGGAGCCCAGCGCAUCUUCAUCAUCUUCUACGGCUGCUCCCACACAGGCUGCUUCCGAGGACAGUGCAAGCACACACUCAUACCAGGCUACUGUCGAGGACGACGACGAGACUGAUGACUUCGAGGUCGUUGACAAAGCAUCCGAGAAGAGUGCCCAGGACGGAGCACGGCGUCAGUUGGAGACUGAGGCUGAGCAGCAGCACCAGCAGCAGGGACACUCCGCCGAGGAGCCUCAGCAGCGAUGCAGACGAGGUGUGCGCGAGUUCACUCGCACAUUCACCUUCCCCGCCCAUGUCGACGCUGACUUUGUCACCGCUGACCUCAAGGACGGUCUCCUGAGCAUCGUCGUGCCCAAGGCCAAGCCCGAGCCUCGCCACAUCACCAUCAACUAG